AAUUUUAAUUAAUUGUUUACGUUAAUUUAAAGUAAGUUUUGAAGUGUAAUUUAUUGUGUUUGAAUGCCACUGAUGCCAGUUGCAAUUUAAUUGAUAAUUAUUACAAAUUUCAUUAAUUCAUUUACAAUGGACGAAUACACAAAGCGAAUGAUGGCAAAUGCACAAGCACGCCAAAAAAAAUUAAAUACUAAAUUUACGGACUUAGGAUUACAACAAAAAAUUCCAUUACAUGAAUCUCAACCUAACAUACCCACUGAAAAUAGUAGAAAUCUUGAUGAAAUAUCAAAAUUAAAACGGAAAGAAGUUCACUCUGAUUCAAUUUUAUCACAUCAAACUUAUUCGGUUAAAGAAAACGUAGAACGAUUAAAUACAGCAUGUUCCAAAACAAGCAGCACAACGCGUAUUUCAAGUGAAAUACCAGGAAAAAAUAGUCCUAAAUUCACUCAUAAAACUUUUAAUGUUCAAAAAGAGAAUUUCGAAAUGGAAAUUAAAUUCAAUUCACCCGACGAUGUUCGAGUUGAAGUUGAAAUUGUAAGUGAUUGUGAAAAUGAUGAUAAAGAUUCCAAAGCCGGUAGCAGUCAAAGUUUGUCGUCUAAAAAGAACUUAAGUGUUGGUAAAGAUUCAAAGUCUGCUAGUACUCAAAGUUUAUCGUCCAAAAAGAAUCCAAGUGAUUCUGAAAAUGAUGACAAAGAUUCCAAGUCGAGUAAUCAAAGUUUGUCGUCUAGAAAAGACGUUAAAUCACGUUUGAAACAACUUGGAAAAUUAUACACAGACGAUGCAGAAUUGUCAUCCCCAAUUCAAAGAACUGAAGAAAAAUUCCAUGAAGAAUUAAGUUCAGAUGAUAAAAAUGACGAAGAAAUUCCUGCUAGUAAAAAACAACAGAAUGAAGCUAGAAAAAAACGAUUAGCUGCAUUAGCAUCAGAUCGUAACAAUUGGGAAGACGAAUUAAAUCACCAAAAAACGAAUGAUGUAAAUUCUGCUAAAACUCCUAGAAAAUCGUGGAAGCCUCCAGCACCAAAACCACCUGUUCAGGAAUCUGCAACUAAGACAAAAACUCCUCCAAAAAAGAAAUCUCCAGCACCACAACCCCCUGUUACGCCAAAAUCUGACAAUUCUGGUUCGAAAUCGCCAACCAAACAAUUAAAAUGGGACAAAAAUGUUUUGGAUUCAUUGGAAUCACAAGGCUUUUCUCGGAUUGAAUCAACAUCACAAAAAUUAGUAUUUGAUUACACUCGCCCUCAAAACGAAAAUGAAACUUUAGAUAAAUCCGAAACUGAAGAAAUUGAUAAUAAUGAAAAAGAAUGUCUUGACGAAUCAAUUGAGAACAAUACAUCGCCAGUUAAAAAAAUCACCACAAAAAUAAAUAUACAAACAGAAAAGAAUGAUGCAACCAAAAUAUCUGAAAUUGCUCAAAAAUUUGAUAAAGAAUCGAAAAAAGAAACGAAACCUGUCUCAAAAUCUCAACCAAAAUCACCAAGUAAAAAUAUUUUAAGUAAAACAGCACUAUUUGAAUCGAAUAGUCCAUCAAAAACUAAAGAUCCGGCGCUUUUAAGCGUAUCUGAACGCAAAGCUUUGUUUGAAAAAAAUAAAGGCGAAGCUUUAAUCCCAAAGGCAGCUUUUGCAAUGGCUGUACCUAAACCUGCCACAGAGAAUACAAAACCUACAAAAGAAGGAGUUAAACCUAUAGAAAAGACAGAAAUUAAAGUUGUUAAGGAGAGUAAGAAAUCUCCAUCCAAAAAUGAAAAAAACAAACCACAAAUCAAAACUAAACCAGAAUCAACUGUUAAAUCUGUAUCAGAAAGUAGUGGUAUUGCUGGUAAAUUAAAAGCUCUGUUACAUCAAGCUACAACCAUAUCUGAAUCUCAAAUUCGAAAUGCUCGUGAAUCGGAAAAACAACGUGAACUUGAAAUGUUAAAGAAUCGUUUUAAUCAGAAUAAAGAGAUUAUUCAUGAAGAAAUACAAGAGGCGAGUGAACAUUCCGAUAUUGAAGAAGACAAUGAACAAUCCUCGUCAGACGAAGAUAAUACGGAAGUAUCUGAAACAACGAAGAUGAUUAAACAAAAAAGUAAAAUAGUUACAUUCCAACGUAGUCGGGAAAGUUUAGCAUCAUUAGCGUCAAAAACAUCGAAAACAUCUAGAAAAUCUAUUGAAUCAACCAGAUUAUUAAGUGUUGAUUCAUCAGAUUCAUCUAAGUCGACUUCAAACACAACUAAAAGGCGUAGUUCUGGAGAUAGUCCUGUAGUUCAAGCUGUAUUAGAAGAUGUAAAACGUAUAAAGGUAUCACCACCAAAAAAUGGUAAAUUAUAUCCGUGCUUAUCGGAUAUAGAAGCAUCUACAGCGAAUGAAGAUACCGAAGUUGAAGAACAGAUUGAAGAUCGUUCAGAUGAAAACAAUAGCAGUAUUGGUAAUGAUGACGAGGAAGAUGAAUCAAUUGCUGACUCUGAUAUUGCUGAUACAAGUCUUGGUCGUGAAAUAUUGGAAGCUGUAAAUAGAAAUCACAAUAAUUCACGAAAUAAACGGCAGAUUUUGGAUGAAAGUACAACAACAUCAGAUAUUUCAGAUGUAUUAAAUGAUAUGAAUGAAUACUUAGAUGAACAGUCGACAGACACAGAUGCUGGACCAACACCACCAAAAAAUUCACGCACUUCACUAUCGAAAACUGGAACCGCAGCAUCUCAUUCAUUUAAUUACAAGCGCUCGUCUACGUCAUCCUCGAAUACAUCCUCAAAUUACUUAUCAUCACCAACUAAAGCAACAAACAUUGAUCAACAUAAACAGAAUAAUGAUGCCCCAACACAUAUUUUAGAUGGCGAUUCCACUGUUCCAUUAAUUCAUACAGUCAGUUUUUAUCGCCGUCAACAGAGUCAAGAGCAACGAACUCCGAUUAAAAAAAUUGUUCGACAAUCUGCAAUUGAUACUGAAUCUGAAGAUGAUUUCCAAAGUGUUUGUGAUAAAGAAAAUGAUCAGAAGUUGAUUAAUGAAAAAAUUCAACAUCUUAUGGAUGAGGUUUGUAAGCAGCAAACAGUUAUUUCUCAGGCAAGUCAAGCAAUAAAUUUGUGUACAUCAACAAUUGAAUUUUCUGGGUCAAGCGAAGAAGUCGAAGCUGAACGGUUACUGUUACUUGCGACACAACGUCGUCAAGCUGCAUUACAUGAAUCUCAACGGCUACGCAUUGAACGAACAUUGUAUCCAACUUCGAAUAACUCAAAUGUGUUAAAUGUGGAUCACUGUAGUAUUACGAUAUCGGAUAUUGUUCUUCCAUUAAAACGGGAUUAUAUUCGAGCUUUAACUGCUGCGGGAGGACUAGGUCACCACUUCCUAUGUUUAAUUCGGUAUGCUGAACAUGUGUUCGCUACACCGUUAACUGCAACAGGAAAUCCUCCAAAUCCACCACAAAUAUGCGUACGAAUACCUGGUACGUUAAAAUUACAACAAGUUCAUCCAGAAUUUACAAUCACUGUUGAAGUAUAUUCAAUGCAAGCACACGAAGAAGUUUUACCACAUGAAAUAAAGUACCAUAUUGCUAAAGAUAAAAAGUCUGGUAAAUUAUUAACUCCAAAAAAAACAAAACAUUCUUCCCAAGAUUCAAAACUUGUAAAACCGUCCAUUCAAUCACCAGCUGGUCCAAACGCAGUACGAACUUCCUCUUUCCAAUUAAUGGGAUACAUAAUAUUCUCUAUUAAAGAAGUAAAUCGAACUCAAUGGUCAUUGAAUAAAGUACCGUACAUAAGCCCACUUGAAGGGAAUAUCCAAAUGCGAGUACAAUGUGAUAUUUCUGUAAAUGUUGAGAUGCGAGGAUUUUUAACAAUGUUUGAAGAUAUCUCUGGUUUUGGAGCGUGGCAUCGACGAUGGUGUUAUUUGAAAGGUGAAUCGUUGAGCUAUUGGAAAUAUCCAGAUGAUGAACGUAAAAAAGCUCCAAUAAAUUCGAUUAAUUUACAAGGCUGUAUCACAGAAAAUGUGAACUUAGUUAGUCGAGAUAUUUGUGCACGACCGAAUACAUUUUUAUUAGAAUUUGUUCGUCCUCGACAACCUGGUGAUGCUGAAAGUCUUGUUAUGGUGAUUAAAAAAGAUCAAACUUUAAUUCGGCAUCUGUUAUCGGCAGACACAAAAGAAGAACGAAUUGAAUGGUGUCAACAAUUAAAUAAAGCUCUAUUGUCAAUAAAAUCAUUUAAAUAACGUUUUUAACACUUGUAUUACUAAGAAUGGGGCCAUUAUAUUCCAAUAUAUUUGCAUUUAUCUUAAAUAUCGUAUAUAUUUUUUAUACUUAGGGACGGAUACAGCCUUUAAAUUUUAAAUUAGAGUGUGGUCAGGAGUGCUGGUCAUGGACACGAACAAUUACAAUAAUUUUACGCAUCCAUUUUUAUUUUAUAUUGUAAAAUAACUUUUUAUAAGCCGUAAAAUGGAGUAAGUAAUUAUAAAGUAUUUAUCCAAGAUGACUUCCAAAAGAUUGUAUCCGCCCCUAUUUAUACUAACUAUUAAUUAAACUUUUUGAUACAAUUUA